CGUCCUAUCUAGUGGGGUCAGUGCAGAGGGGAAACAGAGACUCCUGGCCUGCAACAAGGGCUGGGUCGCAAAGGGCCCGGGGAUGCGGUAUCCUCCCUGCACUGAGGCGUCUGGGGCUAUUCCUGUGUCCACAGCUUCUGACCCCAGAGGUGGCCUGGUGUGAAGGACGGGUCAACUCCAUGCAUAAGACCGCUGAGAGAGACAUGCAGGUAAUGAUCUUUCACCCCCAUGCUGAAGACACGAUAGCCCUGGAAGGAACCACGCGCAGCCUGUGUCCGCAGCGCUCUCAGCGGGGCCAGCCUCAAGCCCAUCCAGCAUGUCACUCCUGCACAGGCAUCGAUCUCAGAGGCAAGGCAGUGAAGGCAACCCGGGGCUCUCAGAGUCUCGCUCUCCGGGGCAUUGAGGGGGUGGCUGGGGCACCCUCUGGAGAGGAAGGCUCCCUGGGGACCUACAGAGCAGUACAGACACCUCCGUGGGGAGCAAAGCACUCAGGGAGCAGGGCUGACUCCUCUGCACGUAGCCAGAACCAGGCUUUCAUGCUGAGGUCCAAUGCACCAAUGCUAAGGAGGACACCUGGCCCCAUACGAUACAGAGUUUGAUGGGAGCUGCUGUUCCUCCACCUGCCGUCCUGGGCAGGGAGCAUCCUUGGCGAUAGCACUUGCUUUGGGGGAGCAGAUUCUCGUGCAGCGUACAUGGGCCGACCGUUGCUCAUACCCAAAUUUUGCCUUAUAUAUUUUGGGGGAUGGCAGCCGCAUGCCAUCAGAAAUGUGCCCCCUCUCCACCACGCUGGGGCCAGUGGGGCACAGGGGGAAGUCUCCCCAUUCCCUGCCCAGCACACCAUGGGGCAGGAGGUCGAUGGUGUGACCAGUGAAGGGGGUUGAAUCUCUUGGAGAAGCAUGGCCACGUGGCAGGGGUUUUCUUAUGGGUACUGCUGUGCUGAGCCGCGAGUUCUCAGCAGGACCAAGCUGCAGCAGGGCUGAUGUGGGCACAAUGGCUAAUAAUGUGGAUUCAUACACUGAAGAUACACCUGCCAAUCCACCAAAAAGAGCAGCCGGCACUGCGCCCGCGAUCACAUUACCCCGCUGGGCUGGGAAUCAAUAAUACAUACAGCCCUGGAGCACGGCGGAUGGGGCUGUGGUGCUAACACACUGCGGGCAGGCAUGGCUCAAGGAGGCGGUACGAAGGAUGAAGACCCCUUUGCACACCAGCUUGAAGGUGCCUGCCACGCCACGGCACCAAGACCCCACCCCACGUCCCUCUCCUGCCCAUCUAGCCCUCACCAGCCCCGAGCACCCAUCUGCCCAGUGGCGCGCGCACGGAGAAGCCAGCAGGCGGUAACCGAAUCCACAGCCGAGCAGAGCUGGUUUUGGGCUCCUAAGGAAUAAUUUAGCUGCCAGAGGCUAUUUCCAGCCAGUUACCCAGAUACCGUGUUCCAGGCGUGCAGUCUCCGCUGGCAUCGGUUACCAACUGCAAAUAAUGAAGCAUCACCCAAGUGCCAAGCUGAGCAAGGAGGGGGGGGGUCUAUGCAGGACCCUUCAUGGGGACAGCUUGGGCAGGUCCCCAUGGGAGAGCCCGCAGAAGCAGAGGGGACAGGUAACAGGCCAGAGACACACCUUAGUUGCUGAGGGACAUGGGUGGGUACUGAAUGGCCCUGUGAGAAUGGAGGAAGCAGGGGGUUGAGGCCCUGGACAAAGCCCUUUUGGGACCAAGGCCGAGGGGCUGGGUCAGGGGCAUGAGGCAGCCUGCCCUGGGAGUCCUGAGGGCAAGCAAAGGGCAGGAGACACCCCGGGGUGAAGGCCAGCAGCUCCCCCCAGCCUGGGCCUGGGCCUUGGCAACACGAGUCCACCUGGGAUCGGGUUCCUCUUUGUUUCCUGAGCUGCACAUUGAAGGAGACACCUGCAAUUUUAAUGAAGACAUCGGAUCCCGGCGGGCGGCAGUGGGGACGGGACGAGUGCGCAGGACCCGAGACCUCGCAGACCGCUCAAUUUGCCCAGCGUGGAAGUGCAAUGGGCACCCAGCCCUGCCCCCAGCGUGCCAGGCACAGGGGCUGAGCCGGACCCUGCACAGAGCCGCCUGCCAGCCGGUGCCCAGAGCCUCGUGCCUGCCGCCCGCAGCCGCGCCCGAGGGCCAGCGCGCCCGGAGCCACCAUGACUCAGGGCUUCUGGAGACUCUACAAGUCCAAGGUGCUGCAGACGCUGGGCAGCGAGGAGCCGGAGGACGAGUUCAAGGAGGAGAGCGACAACCCCGAGCUGGUGGAAACGGCCGAGGCCCCGGUUUUGACAGAGGCUGGAGCAAACCCCGUGGCCCAGCUGGCACGGAGGGUCCAGGGAGCCAGCGCCAAGAGCUGGAGGACCUUCUCGUCGCUCUUCAGCAGGGAGGACGAGCACCAGCUGCUGACGCCCGAGCCCUGUGCUGACCACCCCCUGGCAGCCAAGCCAGCAGAGCUGCCACCGUCCGAGAGGAAGGCCUCUGGCUUCUGGGACAUCUUCGCCACCAAAUGGCAGCAGACCACCGUGCUGGACAAGAAGGGCGCGCAGUCCGAGUACGGCAAGCCCAUGGGUGAGGAUGCCACUGGGGCGGCCGGAGAAGCCCUGAGCGACGAGGCCGCCUACCCCAGCAAUGGCAGUGACCUCCGGGAUGUGGAGGAGGGGCCGUUCCGCUGGGGCCUCCUGGCCAGCAAGCUGGCCGAGAUGCGGAAUAAAACCCCCUCCAAGAGCAACUAGGGGAGGAGGCGCAGACGAUGGACAGCCCCUGCAAAGACUCCCGCAGCACUGCCAGGGGCAGGUCUCCCCUCUCCCCCCUCCCAGACCGCCCCUGAGAGCUGUGGGGCUGGGACAGGACCAUCCAACAUCAGGUAGCUGCUCCCCCGACCCUGGAAAUGAGAGCGGCAUCGUCUCCCAGGCUCGACCACAUUCCCUGCCCCGUCCUUGGCACCGUAUUGGCAGCAUCACCGUUUGAACAAGGCACUGGGAUGCCGGGGUCUCCUCCCCGCUAGGACAUGGCAGCCUGCAACCCUCUUUGCAGGGGCUUUGCAAAGCAGGGAGGACGGGCACAGCAGUCACGGGUGGGAGAAACCUCUCACAGCUCGACCCUGAAUGGGCAGGAGAGACCGAGAGUAUCCCCCUGCCAGUGUCCCGUGGUGCGGUGCCCGGGUCGUGCCCCUGGGGUGGGAGACGUGGGGCCUGACCCCAGCCAGCUCCUCUCCCUGCUAACGGGGCUCUUGCUCCUGUGGGACUCUCACCUACCGAGAGACAGGGAGAGGGGACCAGGUUUUCAGAGCCAGCCCCCUUCACCAGCUGUCUUGAGUGGGUCACCCCAGAACCGAGGCCCUGGGCAUACUUUAAAGACUCGUGUCACAGGAGCUGGGCUUCGCUCAGGCACCGCGCUGGAAGCGAGAGCUCCGGCGGGUGCUGAUGGGUGCUGGGACCCUGCCCCCCUCCAAGGGGGAUGUCCCCAGGGCCACCAGUGCCAGACGGACCCUGGGUGACUCCCCUGAGCACGACCCUGUAUUUGCGCAGCUCCGAGCUCCCUCCGCGCGCCAACAGCACUUGUCUUGUGGUCUGCCAGGCGGGCAGGCCGCGUCCCUGCUGCUGUGGUUGUUUAAUACUGACACUGUCCUUUU